GUUCUUGCUCUUGUACCUGUCUUCUAGUGCGCUUAGGCUAGUGAUGUAUGCAGACUGUUGACAUUUCUCUUUCCAGCACGUAAUUUGCCGUCGACUUACACUCGCAGGCUUCGCAUGGCCCAACUUCGAUCUUCUCAAAAGACUCUGGAGAUUCACAAAUGUGUGCAACCAAAGAUGAAGAUACAAGCUCUCUUUGGAACAGGGUGAAAUCCUCGGCAUCCAUUUCUCCUUGUUGCAUUAUGUCCCGCGAGUAGCAGGAAGUAAAAGUGCACAUUUGUUCCAGUUACCACAUACGUUUAUGUUGUUGACGCAAGUUUUCUUUUUCUCAUCAAUGCCAUUCUGUGGCAUUAGGAUCAUAGACCAUUGACGCCACGGCGGGUCUGCAUGGUAUACGUAGAAGAGUACAUCCUUGAGUUCGGUCUACUCGGACCGCACGUCAUCGUUUACGCAGAACUACUCCACGCUGGUGCGGGAGGUAUGGAGCGCAAUUCCCGAGACGCGGGAAAGAAGCUCAAAGGCAUUUCGGAAAUCGCAGCCGUACUGCAAAUCAACCCGGCCCGGUGGAAGCCAGCCGCCGAAAAGCGCGUCAUCACGCUUGGCGCGGGAAGAAAAAAGAAUCCGCAUAACGUCUUGACAAACGGCGACGACGCGGCAAAGUUGCGCGAGGCUUUGGAGAAAGUGCGGACCGCGGUCCCUAGUGGAGGUGCUACGCUGGCUGUGGUGGACAGACUGAAAUCUACCGCGGGUCUAGCGUUGACGGUGGCAGAUGAAAGCGGCGAUGCGAAGAGCGUGUUGGAGCGCGUGAAAGAAGUGAUCACGGGAUUCGAAUUCCACCAAGAGGAUGAGCAAGAAGAGGAAGAAUGAUUUACUUGGAGCAAGUCGUGCUAGAUCAACCUCAUCAACGUCACCGCGGCCUAGAA